AUGGCUUGUGUAAAAUUGGGAUCCAAAUCUGAUGCAUUCCAGAGGCAAGGGCAGGCCUGGUUUUGCACGACUGGUUUACCUAGCGAUGUAGUCGUUGAAGUUGGUGAAAUGUCCUUCCAUCUUCACAAGUUCCCAUUGCUUUCGAGAAGUGGGGUUAUGGAGAAACUCAUAGCCGAGUCCCCCGCCGAAACCGAGCACGGCUGUGUAAUCAGCCUACCCGACAUCCCGGGCGGGCCCAAGACUUUCGAGCUCAUCGCAAAAUUCUGCUAUGGCGUCAAACUCGAGCUGACCGCCUCAAAUGUGGCCCACCUUCGAUGCGCGGCCGAGCAUCUCGAAAUGACCGAGGAAUAUGGCGAAGGCAACUUAAUCUCCCAAACUGAGACUUUCAUCAACCAAGUCGUGUUACGUGGAUGGAAGGACUCUUUGCGGGCCCUACAGACGUGUGAGGAUAUCCUACCCUAUGCUGAAAGCCUGCAGAUCCCAAAACGGUGCAUUGAGUCCCUAGCUGCUCGGGCCUGUGCCGACCCAAACCUUUUCGGCUGGCCCGUUACGGAGCAAAUCGGGCUCAUGCAGAGCCCGGGCGGGAGCGUGCUCUGGAACGGAAUCAGCACUGGGGCCCGGCCCAAAAACCCGACUUCCGACUGGUGGUACGAGGAUGUUUCGACUUUAAGCCUUCAACUCUACAAACGGCUUAUAUCGGCAAUGGAGGCUCGUGGCGUGAAGCAAGAGAUAAUCGCGGGCUCGCUCGAUUUCUACGCGAAGAAGUAUCUUCCGGGCCUCACCCGCCGCCAGGCUGGCGGCGGAAAAGUGUCACUCUCCGAAGAAGAUCAACGGGAGCUUCUAGAAGAGAUCGAUAAACUUCUUCCGAUGCAAAAGGGACUCAUCCCGACAAAAACGCUGUUCGGCUUGCUUCGGACGGCUAAGAUUCUGAAGGCCGACUCGGGUUGUGUGUCGAGCUUGGAGAAAAGGAUAGGGCUGCAGCUCGACCAGGCGAGCCUCGAGGAUUUGUUGAUGCCGAGCUUUUCGUAUUCGAUGGAGACUCUGUACGAUGUGGACUGCUUUCAGCGUAUUUUGGAGCAUUUCUUGAGGAUGGAUCGAGAGGUUGGGGACGAGUCUCCGGGUGGCUCGGUGGACGACGGUCAACUCAUGGGUUCGCCGUCGUUGACCCCGAUCACGAUGGUGGCGAAAUUGGUCGAUGGAUACCUGGCUGAGGUGGCGCCGGACGUUAACCUUAAACUCCCCAAGUUUCAGUCGCUUGCGGCGGCUGUCCCGGAGUACGCGAGACCGUUGGAUGACGGUCUUUACCGCGCAAUCGACAUUUAUCUGAAGUCUCACCCAUGGCUAGCUGAGCCCGACAGAGAACAGCUCUGCCGACUAAUGGACUGCCAGAAGCUCUCCCUCGAGGCCUGCACGCACGCGGCCCAAAACGAGAGGCUCCCUUUGAGAGUCAUAGUCCAAGUCCUCUUUUUCGAGCAGCUUCAGCUGAGGACUUCAAUCGCGGGAUGCUUCUUGGUCUCUGACAAUCUCGACGGGUCCAGACAGCUCAGAAGUGGGCUGAUGGGCCCAAACGAAGGCAAUUGGGCCACGGCCGUAAGAGAAAACCAGGUUCUGAAAGUGGGUAUGGAUAACAUGAGACUCCGGGUAUCUGAGCUCGAAAAGGAGUGUUCGAACAUGAGGCAAGAGAUCGAGAAGCUCGGGAAAGUGAAGGUGUCGAGUACGUGGGAAAACGUGUCGAAAAAAUUGGGGCUUCGGUUGAAGUCUCAAAUGUGCAGUGCUGAAGAGGGGUCUGUGAGCAAGCAGAACAGAGGAAAUGUGAAGAAUGAGAAGGUGAGAGUAAAACAAGGGAAGGAGAAGAAGAAAGUGGCUUUGGAUUAA